CUACCUUCAUUGAAUGCACAAUUGAACACAUUUCUUCACACAGAGAUAAUUUUUACGCAUUUUAAAACAACUUGUUCACUGAUUUGUUUGACUUGCAAAUUGAGGCCAUACAAUUGUUGAGCUUUGAGCAUGACGCCGAUGAAGAUCAUCUGUCAGCUGCUACUGUUCCUAAGCGCAGUGACGGCCGAGUGCCCAGCUGGCUAUGAAGACGUUGAUUCUAAAUGCAUCCACCGCUUCAACGGUGGAUAUCUCACGUACGACGCAGCGGUGGAUUACUGCCGCCAACACUUCGGCAGGCUGCCUGUGAUAGAUGACUGCUCCACCUUCACUGAAGUUGCUACCUUCGUUGACGAUGGAUACUCGGCCGAGGCUAACAAAGGCUUCUGGUUGGGCGCGACUUACUCCACCAGAGACGGCGUCUGGCGCUGGAGCGACGGUGCGGCCGUUCCCAUGGGCGCUCCAUAUUGGGCGUUUGUAAGCGAUUUUGCGAUACAAAAUAAUCCACCGUGAAGAGAACUAUAAAGUAGAAAAGUUGAUGA